AUACUGAACAAAUAAAUCCAAAUCAAUUAGUCACAAUGUCAACUACGGUCGCUACUGCUGCUACUGCUGCUGCUGCUGCUACUACUACUGCAACUAUCACUCCUUCUAUCAUAAGCAAUGAUACAAAGACAUCAAAUUGGUACUUUAAACUACCACCAAAUGAUAAAAGAAAAUUAUCUUCCUCAUCAGCUAAUACUAACACUAGUUCACCUCCUCAUACAACUCCUUCUCCACCAACUUAUUACCCUUCAAUUCCAGAAGAAGAAGAUGAAGAUAUGGAUAACCAACAACGAAAUAGUUUAAUGCUUCAGGGUGCUAAUGAUAUAGCCAUCAUAAAGCCAUUAAUUCAAACCUAUCUUACUCAUUUCGAAGGUGAACGUAAAAUAACGAUUCUAACGAGCAGAGUAGCACAAAAAAGUUAUGGAACUGAAAAAAGGUUUUUAUGUCCACCACCUUAUACAAUCCUUUCAGGAGCAUCCUGGUUUACAACUUCAAAGCCUCCAAAUAUUGUAGUUCAUAUCACUGGUGAAAAGACAAGUCAAAAUAGUGUAAUUGAAUGGCGUCAACAUAAUAAUACACUCAUGGAUUCUACCUUAUCAACCCUCUUGAAUGAUUCUACAAAAAUGAACAAUAUAACUGGAAAUUGUGUAUCGAGGAAUUUACAUAUCAAUGAUGCAGAUGAGAAGAGGAAACGAGUAGAGGUCUUGGUCAAAAUUACGUUAGGUAACGGUUCUUUACUUGGUACACUACCUUCUAAAAGUAUAAAAGUGAUCAGUAAACCUUCAAAGAAGAGACAAAGUGUAAAAAAUAUGGAACUUUGUAUUCAUCAUGGGUCAGCAGUAGCACUGUUUAAUCGAAUAAGAUCACAAACAGUCUCAACCAAAUAUUUAGGUGUCUCUAGCACUGAAAAUGAUGCAUCUACUUGUUUUGUAGCAAGAACAAACUCGUGGGAUCCAUUUAUUGUUUGGAUUGUUGAUACAACACGAUCACCAGAUUCAAUUCAACCACCUUUAGUUCAUCAUCCUGAUGAUCCUCAAUUCCCUGCUCCCCCUGCUAUUGCCAUACAAUAUACAAAGUCACAACAACAACAACAACCGAUUGCACUUCAUUAUAAUCAACCUAUAGUUUUACAAUGCGUAACAACUGGCUUAGUCAGCCCAGUCAUGGUCAUUCGUCGUGUAGACAAAGGUAGCUGGGUUGUAGGUGGUAAUCGACUUGAUGAUCUAUCAGUGGAAACAGGAGGUGAAUGUGGUGAUGAAGCAUUAGGUGACCCUGUCUCUCAACUUCACAAGGUCGCCUUUCAAAUUGUUCAUGAUCCAUCCAUAGCUCAUCAUAAUAAAUCUCAAUCAAAUCCUCUCUUCAAUUCACCUACUGAAUGGACCUUGCCACAGGCAACUCAAUCUGCAACCUACUUGGCCUGUUUAGAUAAUGUAGUUGGUAUGCAUAGGACAACAUCAGAACGCAGGGUGAUUGUACCACGACCAAAUCCACCUCCUCCUCCAACCAUGGACGCACUCUGGCCACAGGAGAUGGUCGUAGACAACCACGAAGGUGGAGGUAAAAUGAUUCGCAAACGACGUGUUUCGUGUGAUGUAACUGGUAAAUCUACUAGUACCUUAUUGAAAGGUCGACGUCGAGUGAAUUCAUUAACGAUCGACAAUAAUAAUAAUAAUGGGAAAGAAAUGGGCGCGGGUCGUCGUAUGUCGUCAGAUCGUCGAAGUAGCUUAACAGGUGCAGAUUCAUAUACCUUCAAUGGUUCCUGUUGGACAGAGGAUGUCUCAGAUGCAGCAGUAUGGACAAUCGUAGGCACUGAUUAUGUUCAAUAUAAAUUUUGGACACCACCGCCUAUGAUCUCAGAUCUCAACUCUCCCUUUUCUGUCACAACCACCCGAAGUCCUAUCACACCAUUCCCAAUUAUCUCAACAAUACAAACAAAUCAAGAAGUAUCAGGUAUAACACAAUUAAUGCUUCAUGGUCAAGGAUUUACGCGUGAUAUCUCCGUUUGGUUUGGUGACAUCAAGUCAUCACAUACAGAUUACAAGUCGCGUGAAUUUAUUUCUUGUUUAGUGCCUGACAUACAAGACAUGUUAAACAGUAAAACAAAGAUUAAAGUAGAAGAUGAAAGUCAAUCAUCGCCAAUUAUGUAUCAAAUUCCUCUUUUAUUUGUACGUUCUGAUGGAAUUGUUUAUAACACAGAUCGAUUUUAUAUCUUUUAAUAAUAUUGUAGUUCCCCUUCUCUCCCUUUUAAGUAAAAAAAAAAAAAAGAAAAAAAA